ACGGAAGGAACUGUCAUUUGCUCCGGUGAUUUCCCGACUAAGAACACAGACGGGAAUUAGACGACAAAUGUAACCGCCUCACAGUGAAAGUCACAAUGGGUACCGCACCGACACACUCUCGUGGUGUUAGACCGCCUAAAGCGCUCCUACUGCUGCCUUUUCUCCUAACAUUCGUGCUCGUCGGGAGCCGAGGCGAGAGCCAUGCUAUGGACAAUGUCGCAACUGAAAGGAUGGCUGAGGAGAGCCACCGUCAGGACAGUGCCAAUCUCCUCAUAUUCAUAAUGCUCUUAACGCUCACCAUUUUGACUAUAUGGCUGUUUAAACACCGGCGAUUCAGGUUCCUGCAUGAAACAGGACUCGCCAUGAUCUACGGCCUGUUGGUGGGUGUGAUCCUACGGUUUGGCGUGCACGUGCCCCAGAGCACGAGUGACUUGAUCCUCAGCUGUGCCGUCAACGCCAGUCCCGCCACUCUGUUGGUCAACGUCAGUGGCCGCUUCUAUGAGUACACCCUGAAGGGGGAAGUCAGCCGCAGCAAAAGUCACCAAGUGCAGGAUGAUGAGAUGCUUAGAAAGGUAACCUUUGACCCAGAAGUGUUCUUCAACAUUUUGCUGCCUCCCAUCAUCUUCCACGCUGGUUACAGUCUGAAAAGGAGACAUUUUUUCAGAAACAUUGGCUCCAUCCUGGCAUAUGCUUUCGUGGGAACGGUUAUAUCGUGCUUUGUUAUUGGGUUGAUCAUGUAUGGCUUUGUGUCCUUCAUGAAAGUUGUGGGACAGCUGGGGGGAGAUUUUUUCUUCACUGAUUGCCUCUUUUUUGGGGCCAUCGUUUCAGCAACGGACCCAGUGACAGUGCUGGCUAUCUUCAAUGAUCUCAAGGUGGAUGUGGACUUGUAUGCUUUACUCUUUGGGGAGAGUGUCCUCAAUGAUGCUGUGGCCAUCGUCCUCUCAUCCUCCAUUGUGGCCUACCAGCCUACAGGGGACAACAGCCACAGCUUCGAGGCCAUGGCCUUGUUGAAAUCAUUUGGCAUCUUCCUGGGUGUCUUUAGUGGAUCCUUCGCUCUUGGAGUAGCGACCGGAGUCAUGACCGCUCUCGUGACUAAGUUCACUAAGUUGAGGGACUUCCCUUUGCUGGAGACGGCACUAUUUUUCCUCAUGUCCUGGAGCACUUUUCUCUUGGCUGAGGCCUGCGGCUUCACAGGUGUGGUAGCUGUGCUUUUCUGUGGCAUCACUCAAGCUCACUACACUUACAACAACCUCUCUCCUGACUCACAGGACAGGACUAAACAGUUGUUUGAGCUGCUCAACUUCCUGGCAGAGAACUUCAUCUUUUCCUACAUGGGUCUGACUCUCUUCUCCUUCCAGUCACAUGUCUUCAACCCUCUGUUCAUCAUCGGAGCCUUUAUGGCCGUGUUUCUGGGCAGAGCCGCGAACAUCUACCCUUUGUCCUUCCUGCUGAAUCUGGGCCGCAAGAACAAGAUCGGGUCCAAGUUUCAGCAUGUCAUGAUGUUUGCAGGUCUGCGCGGGGCGAUGACCUUUGCUCUCUCCAUCCGCGACACGGCGACGUACGCUCGCCAGAUGAUGUUCUCGACCACGCUCCUGAUCGUCUUCUUCACGGUGUGGAUCUGUGGCGGGGGCACCAUGCCCAUGCUCUCCUUCAUGAGUAUACCCGUGGGUGUCGACUCUGAUCAAGAAAGCAGUUCUGCGGUGUUGGACGGGUCUCAGCGGAGGAACACUAAACAUGAGAGUGCCUGGCCUUUCAGGAUCUGGUAUACCUUCGACCACAACUACCUGAAGCCCCUCCUGACACACAGCGGCCCUCCUCUCGCUGCCACGCUGCCAUCUUGUUGUGGACCGCUGGCACGGUGCCUCACCAGUCCACAGGCCUAUGAGAACGAAGGUCGCCUCUACGACGACGACUCUGACUUUGUUCUCAACGACGCCAACGUGAGCUGCAUGUACGCCGACGUCACCGUCAGCACCGACGCAUCCGGAUCCCACACCAUCAACCGGAAGCGCUCGUCCACCGCCAGCACCGGGUGCGGCCCGACUGACGAGGGACUGGAUCAGGAUCUCGCGCAGGCGGAGCACGAAGUGGCGAUCAGGGGUACACGUCUGGUCCUGCCGAUGGAGGACCCGGUGGAGCUGCCGACCACCGUCACGCUGCCCCCGCCGCCGUCCCCGCCUCACUCCGACCCUCGCAGGCACAGACUGUGAGAAGCCUCACACACCCAAAUUACCUAAACUGAAUUCACAAGAGAUCGACGUGUUAUUUGGUUUGUUUGGAUGUUUAAAAUGAAAUGUUUUAACUGUUCCUACUGUCUAACAUUUUUAAUAUUGUCUCGCCAUUUAGGUGGAUAACUUAAAUCUUCAAUGUGAAUGCACUACAUGUAAGUUAAGGUACUGUAAAUUACAAGCACCCGAAGUCUGUCGGCUUGCCUAUAAAUAUAAAACAUUUAAGGAGGCAGGAUAAGAGGAGAAGUUGUGUAGGGCUGCAACUAACAAUUAUUUUCAUAAUUGAUUCAUUAUUUGCUCUGUAUCUUGUUUUCUUCUCAAACUACAGGUUUUCAGUUUUAUGGAUUUCUUUUUUUAUGGAACAGAAAACAGAAAUAAUUCACAUUUAAGAAGCUGAGAAAUCACUCAAACUGAUUAAUCCCUUAUCAAAAUAGUUGACCAUGUGUUGCAGCUCUACUCUCAAGUUUUUCCUCCUGUGGCAAUAUGCCAGUGUUUUGUUUUAUCUGUGCUCCGUGUUGUCAGCCCGACGCGGGUGUUUUAGAGCCUCAAAAAUGUCGACUAAGUGUUUUAGUCUAGAUUAAAUUAUAGAAAAGAUUAAGCAGUUAACUACAUUCAAUUCCUGACCGGCUUUCUAUUCAGCCACAACUCCACCAUCAGCUGUGAAUGAAAAUCUCUGUAAACAUGUUCACUUUCAUUCUUGUUAUCCGUAAUAGAAGUACUUGGGAAAAAAAGAGUUGCAGAGGAGAGAAUCCGCUUCCUGUUUACAUCUGUGGUAUGUGGACGCAGAUAAUACUUCUGAUACGGAGCUAGAUACUUAUCUCUAAUAACACGAUAGUAUGGAUGUGGUUUAAACCGGUUGGAAAUGUCCAGGAUCUGUUUAGCUUCUGUCAAAUAUUCAUAUGGUGACCUACAGUAGGUAGCGUUUUUACGGCAGUGUCAGCUAAACCCUGAGACUCUGCUCUCGUGGCUCAAGUUAACUCCAGUCAUUCGCUCAGUUGUCGCUUGUGUUAUAUUUUAUUUUUUUGUCAAGCUAAAACAUGCUUUUCUUCAUGAGGCUAUGAACAAAAUGUUACGUUAUUUGGCUGGAGACAUUAAAAUUCUUUUGAUUUUUAAAGACAAUAAUCUUUAAGUUGCAGUUGUAAACUACUGUAGAUACUCAAUGACCAAAACAUUGUCCAUCUUGAUCUUCAAUGUUAGCAUUGCCAACAUCUUCUCUUCGGUUAGUCUUUUUGGUGUAUUUAUUUAACACAAAAUGAUUGGUUUGUGCGUGAUUUAUUUGUUUGUUUAUUUAUUUAUUUAUGUAUUGUUUUGCAAUGUAACAUAGACUGGUCAGUGGUGGGAGGUUGUCUUAUAGGCACUAAAUGAAGGUAUGUGGUGUAGCAGGGAGGUGGAGAUUCAUCAUUCCCGAAGUUUGUCCUUUUCUUUUUUACACGUCCUCAUCACAUACUGUAGCAUAAUGCUUCUACUUUAUACUUGGAAACUAGAGCUUCCGUCUCUGUGUGUGUUUGUGCGUGCGUGCACCUCUUAAGGCAUAAACACUGACCUUGUCAGGACCAGUAGUCCUCAUGGAGACCAAAACCUGGUCCUGGCUAAGAUUUGAAUUGUGGUUGAGAUUAAGGUCAUGGGUUGAGGUGAGGGAUAACGAUUUGUUUAGGCUGUCCUAAUGAAUGGAAGUCAAUGCAAGUCCUUUAAAGCCAUGGUUCUCAAAUUGGUACGUGUACGCAAGCUUCCUCUGGUGGUACUUAAAAUCAGAAAUACUGUAUAUACCAGGGUAUGUGAUCCGAGUGGAGCUGAGGAAUUUCUGUGUGUGGAAAAUGACACGAACAACAAAAAAAUUUAAUAAUUAGCGUCACCUUAUCUUCAUCUUAAUCUAAUGUCACUAUACCAGUGUGAAGUAUGUGAGGAUGAGAGAGAAACAUAUCUUUUUGGGAAUAAAUCUGCCUCCUGUGAAAAGUCCAUAGCUGACUUUGCUCAGACUGUUUACGCCACUGUAUUUUAACGUGAGUGAUAACGGUGUUAUUUCAAGAGGUCAAUAUUUUCCUCAGGUGGUACUUGGUAUAAGAAGUUUGAGAACCACUGCUUUAAAGGAUAGCUACGUGAUCCCGUGUGUGUGGCUGAUACGGCCAAAUCUACUGAUGGUGAUUUUAGGGCUAAUAUUAUAUGUUUCUGGAUUUUCUCACAUCAUCUGAAUUUGUUUCUUUCCUCAGAAACUGUUUUUUUUUUUUUUUUUCAUGUUGAAUCAUUAAAGAUGACUUUUGAGGGCUGGCCGAACUGUUUUAAAAUUUAAAAGUGCCUAUUCUGAAAUGAAAUCAUCUAUUGUAGAUGUGUAUAUAUUUGAUUUGCUUGUGUGCACAAUGAUGAUGUUUGUGUGCGUGUGUGUGUGUGUUUUAAUGACACAGAUGUCAAAUGUAUUCUCAGUCGGUCUCUACCUGCAUUUGACUGUUUGUUUUAUGUGUCCUGAAGAGUGGAAACUAAAAUAUUGUACUUACAUUAAUGGAAAAUGACACUCAAUAUUUUGUCUGAAGUUAUCAUUUUGUGAAGAGAGCAUGUAUGUGAACAAAAAAAAGUAUAUACUGUAUGUGUGUGAUUUUUAAUGAAAUGGUGAAAUUGAAUUUUGAUGAAGGGACAGAAAGUAGCAGAAUGAUGUCACUGAUUUUCACCGACUUAGUCUUUUGUUUAGAUUUUUUUAUUGGCCACCACACUCAUCUACUCUGUCCCCCAUUUCACAUCCAAAUAACAUGUUUAUUUUGAUUGUGUUGUCAUCUUAAUCUUCAUGCAGUAUUUGAUAAUGAAUCCUAGAUCACAUUUACACUUGACUUAUUUUUUGUCCGUAUUUGACCCAUAAACAUUUUUGUUUAUAUAGAUUUAAGAAUCAGUUCUAAUCUUACACACACACACACACAAAUAUCGGACAAUGUUUCUACUGUUUGCAAAAACUGUUUAAACAACAGUUGUGUAUGUGACAAUAGAUCUGUAUGUGAAUGUUUUUUUGUAAAUGUGAACUCAUGUUGAGGGGUAAAUGGAUCUCAGAUUUAACAGAUUUCCCCCCGUGUCGUCCUGAACUUACUAAUGUUGUAUCCUCAUUCAGACAUCUUGAGGUGAAAUAAAUAAAAACAAAUCUUGAAUUUGA